AUGGGUCCAUUUUGGACAAAUAUGUUGAGUUAUUGGAGAGCAAGCAAAGACACGACAGACAGGGUUCUGUUUUUAAAGUAUGAGGAUCUGCAAGCUGACAUCAAUUUCUACUUGAAAAGAAUUGCUGAGUUCUUGGAAUGUCCGUUAAACUUAGAGGAGCAAAUUAAUGGCACUAUUAGAAACAUAAUUGAGCUUUGUACCUUUGACAAGAUGAAGGAAUUGGAGGUAAACAAGACUGGCAAAUUUGUGCACAAGUAUGAAAACAAGGAUUUGUUUAGGAAAGGUAAAGUAGGAGAUUGGAUGAACCAUUUUUCCUCUAAGAUGGAAGAGGAAUUGUCCAAGGUUAUAGAAGACAAGUUGGCAUGGCUCAUAGACACGGUAGACCCCAUUGAUUCUACGAGACUUUCCUGGCAUCCUGACCAACCUCGGCCAUUCCAGGAGCCACCAGAGGAGGAUGAUGGACUGAUGAUCAACAUGGAAGAUUAUGUGAUCGAUGAUCAUUUCGAUCUGAACCUUGAUGGGGGCGAGGAUGGAAUGGAGAAUGAUGAGGAGAACGAGCUAUGGGGCUAA